AUCAAGGGCUACAUCUCAUACAGUCACAACAAGUUGGUGGUGUCCAAGCAGAAUCCUUUUCCACCACUUAAUACGGUUUCCUAGGAGCGGCUGAUGCGUGGUGCAGAGGCUCACGGACCAGGAUCUUUAAGUUAUUUAUAAAGCAUUUACAUAGUACAUACAUACAUACUCUACAUACAUGGUACGCUAAUAAAUUGUAUUUUAUUUUAUUUUUAGAAACUGUAAGAUAUGCAUGUUAAUGCUAUAGUUAGAUUUUGUGAACUCAUAAUUAUGACUUGCGCAAGUGUUAGAAAGAAACAAUUCAAAUAAAUAAGAAGACUUCUUAUUUCCCAUAGCGGAAAUGCAACAUGUUAAAAAAAAAUCUUCAGCAAUGGAUGACGGCACUGGACUAUGUCGCCUAUGUUUGCGUCAUGACAAAUCAAUUGUGAAUAUCUUUGAGCAGGAGCCUCCACAAUCUCUCGCCGGGGCCUCCACAGUCAGCACAAAAAACGCCACCAACCGUUGGAGCAGAGAAAAGAAUGCCAAUGGUGGAACGGCUGUAUGACUUGUUAGGUGUUAAGUUUCAGCAAUCAACGUUGUUGCCUAGUAACAUCUGCCAGCGCUGUUUUGCAAUGGUUGAGGCGUUUUCCGCUUUUCGCGAAAAUGUGCAAAGAAUUGAGACUGAGUUGCAGAGUUGGGUGGAACGCCAAAAUAGAAGAACGGCAGAUUGCGUGGAUCAACGUCCGGGUCUUAAUGGCAACCCAGGCACAUUUGAGCCUGAAGAUAAUUGCAUAAUAACUGAAGUGAACCCCAAUCAAGAUUACGAAAGUUCAGAGGAUGAUUUUUCUAUGGAAUCGGAUUCGGAGGGCGAAGAGCAUUCGGCUUCAUCACCACACGCCUUGCAAAUGCAAACUUCUACAAAUGACACGCAUCAAUUAUCGCAGCAACCGACAAAUGAACCAAACGAUUCGCUAUCGGCAACAGUUCCUAUGACCACAGAGGAACAGCAAAACACCGACAACUCUAUGCCUGCGCCCGAAGCACCAACUGCUUUUCCCAACAUGCUUGGUAGGGACUCAUUUAUUGCCGGAGAAAUUGUGAUUAAAAACACCUUCCUUUGCCAGUAUUGUGAUAUGGCAUUUACAACGCAACCAGAAUGCCAAGAGCAUGAAUCACAACACGACAGUGCCGCACCUUAUGUCUGCAGCUUUUGUUCACAACGCACAUCAAGUCGUCAGAAUUUAAUAUACCAUAUCAAGGAACUACAUGAUCCUGAGCGGCCAUAUGUAUGUGCAUUCUGCAAAAAGGGCUUCUGCCGGCGUUCGGAUUUGGAAAAAAAAAAACACACCAUUGUACACACUGGUGUGCGCCCGUUCUCAUGUCCUGUUUGCGCAAAAAGCUUUUCUCGUAAUACCAAUUUAACAAAACACAUACAAAUUCAUAGCAGCGUAAAACCACAUGUUUGUACGCGUUGCCCACAAUCCGUUUCAAGCGCGACAGAUCUGAUGCGACACAUUCGUACACAUACAAACUCAAAGCCAUUCCAAUGUAGUCUUUGUCCAAGUACUUUCGCACGCAAAGAUAAACUGCAGGAGUACAUACCUAUGUACCUUUGCCCAGGUGAGGACUUAGCAUCACACCUUAAUCCGCAGGAACCGAACCUUCUGUGGAAACGGCAGUUGACAUAUACGGGUUGCAACGAGGAGCUGUCUUACGAUUCUUCUGAAUUGCGAGAUUUUUUAUCUAAUGGUUAGACUUCGAGGGUCUCUGCUAU